AUGAGAUCAAACAAUACUAUUGUGUCCAUUAUCAUUCUCUGUCUUAGUCUUACUUUUGCUUCAACUCUUGUCUCUUCCAUGGGGAUUCCUAACACGCCACCCCCUCAUUCAAAAACACCAUAUCCUCCAUCAAAACUCACACCAAGACAUAUGUCAUCUUCCAUACCUCCGCCAAGUAUGACGAUUGAAUCACCUUGUCCUAAUACACCACCACCUACAAUACCUCCAUCUACACUCCCUCCAAAUCCUAUGACAACACCCUCCACAAUUUCUCCUUCCACACCACCACCAAGUCAUUCGAAAACACCACCUAUGAAUUAUCCUUCCACACCUCCACAAAGGUCUUUGACACCCCCGCCUAAGAUAACUCCUACGACACCACCUACUUGUCAAAUAGGAAGAUUAAGUGUUUGUGCCAAUAUAUUGAAUGUAGUAAAUGUAGUGAUUGGACAAGAUACCAAGCCUUGUUGCAACCUCAUCAAUGGUCUCAUUGAUCUUGAAGCCUCUAUAUGUCUAUGCGCUGCGCUUAAGGCUAAUAUCUUAGGAAUCAUCAUUGUUGAUCUUAAAAUUCCCGUGCAAUUAAUCUUGAACCGAUGCGGGCAUCAGAUGCCUAUUGAUUUUACAUGCAGCCGUUAA